AUGAAUCAGAGGUAGGAGAGCUUGUUACCGAUGAAGAGAAACCAUUUGGAGCAUCAGUAAAUAAUAAUUUAGGUUGCGAUCUCGGUGUUGAUGAAGGAAUCGAUCCUGUAUCAUUUACUAUUUCUAGACGCAACGCAGCUGCAACUUCAGCCAUUUGA